AUGCAUCGCGCACUGCGCGCGCCUGCCCGGUGCAUCGCUGGGCGUGUGCUGCCGCGGUGCCGACAUUCGCUCGUAGAAUCCCUGCGGCCGGCUACAGCCGGCCUGGCCCGGGCAUCUCGCUGGUCGAGGGCUUUCUCGACGGAAACUCACGAGUUCAAGGCUGAGACAAAGAAGCUUCUCGACAUCGUAGCCAAGUCCUUGUACACGGACAAGGAGGUUUUCAUAAGAGAGCUGAUCUCCAACGCAUCGGAUGCGUGUGAAAAGCUCCGAUUUUUGCAGGGAACGCAGCAGAUCAAGGAUGUCAAUGAUGCAGACGUCCCGCUUCAGGUUACCCUGAGCGUGAGCGAGAGCGACAGGAAAUUCAUCAUCGAAGAUUCAGGCAUCGGCAUGACUCACGAUGAGCUGACAUCCCAAGAAGUUGCUCUGCUGCUCCAGCCUCUCCUCGAAGACUGGAAGAGCCAGCCGAAGCUCGCCACAAGCACGUUGAAGAACUUACGUGCCGAUGCUGCCCUUGUGUUGAACAUCCUGGGAGCAAUGAGUGCCUUCAGAUUGGAAAUGAUAGCACAGUAUUUCAAUAUAGCCAUCGACAGCUGCGGAAGAUCCGGUCUCUGGGCCCAGGCCCUGUUGGUGUUGCGGAGCAUUAGCCUCUCGGAGGUUUUGCCCAGUGCAGUAAGCCACACGAAUGCCAUCAACGCUUGCCGAAAAGCCUCCAAGUGGACUCAAACUUUACAUCUGCUUUGGCAUGCGCUGGAGUCGAGACUCUCUCCGGAUGCAGUGCUGUUCGGUGCAGCUAUGAACGCUUGUGCCGGACAUGGCAUGUGGGAAGCAGCUCUUUGCAUCUUGUCGGACAUGCAUCGUCAUCAUGUUGAACCUGGUGUCGUAGCAUACAACAUUGUACUGAAUGCUUUAGACAAAGGUGGAAAGUGGAGAAAGGCGCUGGAGCUGUACUUCAACCUUCCUUCUCAUGGCAUACUUGCCAAUGCUGUGUCGAGCAAUACAGCCAUUACAGCCGCAGCUCGGCACUCGCAGUGGCAAGGGAUUCUGGACGUACUGGCUCGCCUGCCCGGUUUGGGUCCCGCUUCUGCCGAUGCAGACACCUUCGCGAACUCCCUACAAGGUUUGGCAAAGGCCUGGCGUUGGGAAGAGGUGACAUCCUUGCUCGUUGCUCGCAUGUCGUCGAAAGGGGGUGUGAAGGUAAGCCUCAGUGUCCUUGAGAUCAGCGCGGCCAUGACAGCCUGUUCCAAGAGGACGAAGUGGGAGUGGGCUUUAAGUCUGCUUGGUGCUGCCCAAAGGAUGAACGCAGUGGAUGGUCCCCUGUACACUACGGCCAUCACUGCAUGUGGGCGCUCCACGAAGUGGAGGAUCUCCCUCUCACUGCUUGCAGAUGUUGUUGCACAACGACUUCCUGCUGAUAUUAUUGCUUACACUGCAGCUCUUGCAGCAUGUGAAGGUGGUUCUUGGCAGCAGUCCAUAUGCUUACUGUCCAACCUGAGGCAAAGUCGCUUAAAGGGGACUCUCUUGACCUAUACACCUGUCACGAGGGCUUGUGCCAGUGCGGAGCAAUGGCAGAGUGCACUAUCAUUGUUAACAGAGCUUCGGGAUGAGGCGGUUGAGCCUGAUGUUGUGCUUUGCACCUCCGUGGCGUGUGCAUGCACAGCCGGUGGUCAUUGGCACAAAGCGUUACACCUUUUCCUGGAGAUGCAACUCCAGCGAAUUAAAGCAGAUGGGCCUGCCGUAAAUGCAGCUAUUGCUGCCUGUGACAAGGGUGGGGACUGGCGGAGAGCGCUGCUGUUCUUUGCUGACUUCCCUUGUGAACGCAACCAGAGCACAUGCACUGCCGCAAUCAGUGCUUGUAGCAGUUCUGUGCAGUGGCAGCAGGCUCUGCGUUUGCUGAAGCUUUGGCAGGAUGAUGACAGGGGUGGAGGUCCUCCGCUGGCAUCCGCAUGCUUGCCGUGCACGGCAGCCGUGUCUGCGUGUGGACAAGUCAAGCAGUGGGAACGUGCAAUUGCACUUCUGGACAGCAUGUCCACGGCUUCUGUGGCAGACACCGCCAUGUUCAAUGCAGCCAUAAGUGCAGCCGGACACGCGCAGUGGCAGCUUGCCCUGGAAGUGUUUGCCAGACUUACAUGGUCAGAUUCACCUCCAGAUGCCAUAUCGUAUUCAGCAACUAUGAACGCUUGCGUUGAGGCAUCUCAGUGGAGCAGAAGUAUUCUGUUGUUGGAAGAGUGUUUGAACACGUUUACUGAAACAAGCGUGCCGCUGUUAAAUACAGCCAUCAGUGCAUGGGCGCGAUGUGCUGCCUGGCAGGCUGCCUUGUCUCUGAUGGCACAGCUGCAAGAGCAGCACCUGGAGUGCAAUGAGAUCACGCAGAGUGCGCUUAUACACGCAUGUGGAUGCAGUUUGAGGUGGAGCGCAGGUCUCCAGAUCUUAGACGCGACGCGAGCCUGUGAUUUAAGAGCGAACAGUGUGACGUUUGGUGCCAUCGCAUACUCUGGCUACCGGAGCCAGAUGUGGCACCUUGCUAUCAGCGUCCUUGAAUCUAUAUGCAAUGCAGAGAUGCAGCCGUCCCUCGCAACAUACGACUAUGCCCUGCUCGCCGCAGAGGGUGCUGGGCACAGGGAGCAAGCUUUGCAGGUGCUGUUUACAUCAGAGGAGCAGCGGAACCCGCAAAGCUUCUUAUGGGCAGUGGCCACUCUUCGCGCCUCAGAUCCAACGGUGAUCCAUGCUGCUUGCACGGAGGUACUUACAGAGCUGUGCAAGCUGGGCGAGGAGGCAGAUAUCGACAGCAAGACGCUGUCAAGGACUUGGUGGUCCGUCGGAAUACUGGGUGCACGCGGCCCUGCGUUUGAGAGACGAAUGCUCCAGCAAGCUGUGGUGCAACUUCGCUCUUUCUCCUCAGAAGAGCUGAGCAUGAUCUCUGCAGGUGCUUCUAUGACGGGAGCUUUUGGUUUCCUAGACCUUUUGCAGGAGGAACUCGCAACUCGUGCAAGCAGUGGAGUAGCAUUAAAUGACUUGUCUUUCAGUGGCGCCAUGGAAGUCCUGGGCAUCCUCUUCUCUUGCAGAAGUGUCGGGUGCCUGCGUGCCACGUCUUACUCGGUUAUUCAGAGGAGGAUGAGGAGCCUUGGACGGCUGCUGGAUGCUUCCAACUUGCACUCUUCUCCUGGCACAGGGACAUGGAAUCCGGAGCAUGCUGAGGCAUCGAGCGAGCAACCUCGCGUGGCUCUGAGCCUCGCAGACCGCUUUGUGGUGCACAAGCCGGAUGGCUGGGAGGUGUAUGGAGCGCACGUGAAGCUGCAGCUGCUGGAAUUCGUGCAGGGCAUGUUUGGUCGCGCACCCAUCUUCCAGGAUCCGAUGCACAACCAUGGCUUCCUGCAUCGCCUGGAUGUGCCGAGCUCCGGCUUGAUCUUGGUGGCGAAGACAUACGAGGCCUUCUAUGACUUGCAAACCCAGCUGCACGCUGGCGAGGUGGGUCGGGACUACACGGUCCUGUGCCACGGCUGGCUUCCAAGUUCUGUCAGGGAGAUAACCGCCAGCACCUGGUGUGAGGAUGAUCGCCCGACUCUGUGUGGUGGUCGGGGAAAGCCGAGUGCCACACAAGUUUGCGGUCACAGCCACUAUUUGCAUGAGGUUGGAGCCUUGAGCAAGGUCCUCUUGACAAUUGCAACGGGUCGCAAGCAUCAGAUACGUAGUCACAUGGCUCACAUUGGCCACCCGACUGUCCGUGAUGGGACCUAUGCAGGCAAGACUGCCUUCAACUUUGAUGUCCUGCUAUGCUCACGAAAUUGGCUGCAUCGCCACCGGCUUCGAUUUCGCGACCUGCAGGGCAGAAAGUCGGACAUUUACAGCCAUGUGCCAGAAGACCUGGAGGCAUCCUUAGAACGCGCAGCGGUGAUCAGAUGCCUAGUUGCUGGCCACGGGUCACCCAGGGUUUUGCAUACUUCCACAGUGCUUGCCUGUGCUGGCAAACACCAGUGGCAAUUGGCUUGCCAGUUGCUCUCAGUGCUGCAUGCAAGCUUCGUGCGGCUUGGGACGGACGUUUGCAAUGCGUGCAUCACGGCAUUGGGCAGACAAUCGCUGUGGCAACACGGUGCCAUUGUCUUUUCACAGCUGCAGCAUGGGACACUUCCAGAUGACUUAGUUCGCUGCAAUGUGAUGCUGGACGGCUUCGAAAAGUGUGGAAUGUGGCAAAGUGCCCUCUGCAUCCUAGGGAUCGUGGCAAUGACACGACUUCUGCCUGACAUAGUCACCUGCACCUCCAGCAUCAGCGCUUGUGGAAGGGCAGCUUCCUGGCUGCACUCUGGGCUUAUCUUGCAGCAGUUGCGUGAUUUGGGCCUCCAAAGCAACAUCAUCUUGCACAAUGCCGUGCUAGCUGCUUGGGAGAGGAGCCACCAGUGGGAGCUUUCAAUGAGAACCAUCGGUCUCAUGCAUCAGAGGCGACUCGGACAUUCCCUGAACGCUUUUGACUCGGCACUGCUUGCCUGCCAGCAAAGCGGACGCACCGACCUUGCUUGGCAGCUGUGCCGCGACUCCGAAGCGUUUCGAUCUCCCGUCUCUUUCCUUUGGUCCCUGGCGUCACUGGGUGUUUCUGAUCCGACGGUAAUCAGCGCUGCGUGCGCAUCGGCUGCUGUGUGCGAAGUGGAGGAGGUGCCAUACCUUAUGUGGUCUUCCGCCAUUCUGGGUGUGGAACCAAGUCCGCAGCUUCGCCGAUUCUUAAGGCAUUCGCUUGCCUCUCCAAAGUUCCUCGCGUUGGAAAUGCAAGCCGUGAGCAUGGCCGCGUACGGUGCUGGCGUGCUGCGCGGCAGCGCUUUGGAGUUUCUCAGCCGAGUGCAGGAGGCGCUGCGAGUGCGCCUGCACUCAGAGGCAGGCAUGGAGCUUGAGCGACUCGCAUUCCAUCGCGCCGACGGCCAGGAGUUGCUGGGCGUUUUGUUUUCCUGCAGCCUUGCCGGUGCCUUGCGAGCAGGGUUCCGAGAGGCUGUGGCUUGCAAGCUACAGGAUGUGGCUGUGGCUUUCGAUCGAUGUCGACUUCGAUCUCGUGUCUUCAACGGCGCAAAAAACCAGACUACUGCUAGCUGGCAAAGCUCGACCCGAAACCGAAAGAAUCCUGAAAUCUCUGCUGAGACACGGGACCGCUUUGUGGUGCACAAGCCGGAUGGCUGGGAGGUGUAUGGAGGGCACGUGAAGCUGCAGCUGCUGGAAUUCGUGCAGGGCAUGUUUGGUCGCGCACCCAUCUUCCAGGAUCCGAUGCACAACCAUGGCUUCCUGCAUCGCCUGGAUGUGCCGAGCUCCGGCUUGAUCUUGGUGGCGAAGACAUACGAGGCCUUCUAUGACUUGCAAACCCAGCUGCACGCUGGCGAGGUGGGUCGGGACUACACGGUCCUGUGCCACGGCUGGCUUCCAAGUUCUGUCAGGGAGAUAACCGCCAGCACAGUCUGCUUGACGGAUGCUCCGACGGUGGCCGGCGGCCGUGGGCGGAAGAGCGUCACGCAUCUUGGGAUCUGUGAACACUAUGCGGUGAGCACGAGCACUCUCAGCCGAUCACAUGUCAGCAUCGUCACGGGAAGGAAACAUCAGAUUCGUUGCCACAUGGCGCACGUGGGCCACCCCAUUGUUCGAGACAAAAUCUACACAAGUUUUCGCACCUUCCAGGAGGAUGCCGCAUUUUGCAUGCGCAAUUGGCUGCACCGAUUCCGGCUCUCAUUCACGGACGCAGAGGGUGUUGCUUGCGAAGUGAGUGCAGACUUGCCCUCGGAUUUAAGUCGAGCAUCUGGGCACUAUCGCAAAGAGCGGUUUGGUGUGGGCUUUUACUCGACGUUCGUGGUGGCGGACAAGGUGGAGGUUUACACCAAGACGGCUGACAAGGAGAAGGGUGUACAGGGCUACCUGUGGACUUCAGACGGUUCCGGCAGUUUCACUGUCACCGAAGUGGACGACGUGCCUCGGGGCACCCGCAUAGAGCUAACACUCAAAGAUGAUGCCACCGAAUUUGCCAAGUUGGCAACGGUGAAGAAGUCCGCCCAGAAGUUCUCUUCUUUCAUUGACUUUCCAAUCAACAUCCGCGAGGAUGGAGAUCCAAAGCCGAUCAACAAGCAGGAGGCUCUGUGGAUGAAGAGCUCAGCGACAGAGGAGCAGCACCUGGAGUUCUUUCGUUUCCUCAGUGGCAACUCCUAUGGAAAGCCAUACUACACUUUGAUGUAUCAGACGGACGCCCCGCUGUCCAUCAAAAGCUGUUUCUAUGUCCCCGAUCCUGACAACGCCCCGAGCAGGGUGUUCACCAAGGAUCCCGAAAUAGGGAUUUCGCUGCAUUCGCGGCGGGUCAUGGUGAAGAAGCAUGCAGAUGGCGUCAUCCCGAAGUGGCUUCACUGGAUGAAGGGAAUUGUGGAUUGCGAAGACAUGCCCAUGAACAUCAGCCGAGAGAACAUGCAAGACACCCGCCUGAUGGAAAAGCUCAGCAUGGCGGUUGUAAGGCGGGUUCUGAGGUUCCUGCAGCAGGAGGCCAAGAAAGACUCGGAGAAGUACAACAAGUUCUUCAAGGGCUACUCCUACUUCCUGAAGGCCGGCAUCAUCGAGGACAAGGAAGGAAAUUUCAGCCGUCACAAGGACGACCUCCUGAAGCUGUUGCGCUUCGAGUGCUCCAACAAGCCCAAGGGUGAGUUGGUUUCCUUGGAGGAGUACAUGAGCAUGGCGAAGGAGGGACAGCAGAACAUUUACUACUUCUGCUGCCCUGACCGGCAAACAGCACUGUCGUCCCCGUACAUGGAACAGUUCGUGCAGAGGCAGCGGAAUGUUCUUCUCCUGUACGAGGACAUCGACGAGUUCGUUGUCAAUGCGAUUGAGGGCUUCAAGGACAGCAAGUUCGUGUCCGUGGACUCGGCUGACAAGAACUUCGAGCUGGACUUGGACAAGCCUGAGGAGGAUGAGAAGGAGGACAGGAGAGAGCUCACUGAGCAAGAAAAGGAAGCGAUGCAGAAGUUCAUCAGGGAUGUGCUGAAAGAGAAGGUGCAGGAAGUGAAGUUCUCGGACCGCCUUGUGAACUCUCCGGCUCUGGUGACCAGUAUCAUCACACCGCACAUGCGCAAGAUGAUGAAGAGCCUAAUGGCCGGCAAGGAGAAUGAUGGCCUGGGCAACAUCCCAAUGACGCUGGAGCUCAGCCCGAAGCAUCACAUCGUCACAACGCUGGCGACGAUCCUGGCUUCCAACGAGCCGGUCGCGCGCAUCGCGGUGGAGCAGCUCUACGACAAUGCUUGCAUUGCCGCCGGCACGCUCGACGACCCGCGAGUGCUGAUGUCCAGACUGAACAAGGUGCUUGAGAUGUUCAUCUACCAGGGUGCCGGUUUUGAUUAUGCCACGGGUCAGUACCAUCUGCCCGCACCACCUCCUCAGCCGAAGGUCCAGCCCGCUGCCGAGGAGACUCCACGAGAAAGUGCUAAG